AUGGAAGUUCCACGAAUCGCCUGCUUCCACGGCGGCGGGUCCAACAGCGCCGUCUUCGCCGCGCAGUGCAAGCGCCUCGCGCACGCGCUCGCCGGCACCUACGACCUCGUCUUCUUCGACGCGCCCUAUGAGCGUGCCGCCGGCCCGGGCGUGCUGCCGCACUUCGCCGACCUCGCCCCUUUCCGCACGUGGAUGCAGCCUCCUGCUGGCAUCGAUACCACAGCCCGCGCGCGAUCAGACGACGAGGACGAGGAAGAGCUGGGCCUCGUCCGCGUGCUGAAGCUCAUGCACGCCGACACGCUGCGCCGCAGAAGGGCGGCCCGGGCGAGAGGCGAUGCCGCCGCGACAGAGCCGGGCCGCUGGGUCGCUGCCAUGGGCUUCAGCCAGGGCACGCGCGUCGUCGGCGGGCUGCUGCGCAGGCAGCAGCGGCGGCGGCGGGCGCAACAUCUGGAUGAUCCGUUCGGCGUCGAGCUCGAGUUUGGCAUCCUCUGCAUGGGCAGCGCCAGUCCGAUGGGGUGGUUCGACGAGGCCGAGACGUCGUCGACGUUGUCGGCCUGCAUUGCUCUUGAUACUGAUAAGGCUGCUCCGGUGCUUCCAAUCGGCGGCCAAUUGGUCGUCGAGGACAACGACGUCAUCGCGAUUCCUACGCUGCAUCUCCACGGUCUGAGGGAUCCGAUUCUGCCGAAGAGUAGAGAUCAGCUCGCGGCGUACUACGAUCUCGGUGCUUCACACUUACUGGAAAUCAAUUACCACCACGCGAUGCCUUGGUAUACGCAGGACUUGAUGGAUUUCGUGCUCAUGAUCAAGAGUACGCACAAGCGUGCGAGGAUGGCGGUCUGA